AAAUAAAUAAAAAAUAAUGCAAUCAGAACUUGAGAUUCAGGCAGUGAUAGGGUUCACAGGUAUAUAAAAUGUUUAUAAUCAAAGGUAAAAUAAUUUAGGGGCUAGUUUUGCAUCCAGAUAACGAAGUAUGAUUUAAUAUAUUAACUCAAAGCAUGUUAUUUAUCCAUUAGGUUCAACCAUCGUAGUUAGACAUAUAAUUACUAGACAAUAAACAUUUUUAAGGUAUGAAAAAGUGAUAUAUUAAAUUAGAGGACAUGAUAAUUAGAUCUCUGUGAUAACAGUUUCUCGAACUGGAGAUUAUGUUGCAUCUGGAUAGAAAACUUAUAUGGGAUUCUAAGCAGACAUUAUAAUUUGGGAUUUCAAAGAUAGAAGCAUGAUUCAUAGAUUGAAAUUACAUAAAGUGCUGAUUUAAUCACUCAGCUUUUCUUAUAAUGAAUUAUACUUGGCAUCAUUGGGAGGAAUUGAUGAUAAAAACAUGUUGAUUGUUUGGGAUAUCAAGGCAGGAAAGGCAUUGUAUGGAACUCCAAAUCGUGAUCCAGUCAAUUAAGUCUAAUUUUACAACUAAUCAGAUGAAAAGAUGAUAGCAGUUUUGAAUACUGGAGUUUAGAUCCUAACAAUAGACAGAUUAAAUAAAAAGGUAUUAUGCAAUAUAACUUAAAGAUUCAAUCCGUCGAUGUGAAUUUUGGUAAUGUCAAAAGAACCUUUACUUGUGUUGCAAUAGAUAAAAAUGAUAAAUUUUGUUAUUGCGGAACAAAAACUGGAGAUGUCUUUGAAAUUUAAAUGGAUAUGGCCAUUUAUAAGAGAUUGGCCCCAGUCAAGAAGUUGUUUUCUUAAGGAGUUAAUUGCUUGGGUUUAUUGCAGAAUGGAGACAUAAUAGUUGGAGCAGGAGAUGGUAUGAUAGCCAAAGUGUCAUUUCAGACAAUGCAAAUAGUGGCAAGCAGUGAAUUGCUCGGAGGUGUCACAUCUGUUUCCUUUACAAAUGAUUAGACUCAUUUUUUCGCAGGAACAGUGCAAAGCAAUAUUUAUUGGUUGGACACAGAAAAAUUAAUACCAGAAUUAAGAAAUACCUGUCAUUAUGAAAGAAUUAAUGAUGUUGCUUUCCCUCAUAAUUAUUCAGAUGUGUUUGCCACAAGUUCUUUGAAUGAUAUCAGAGUUUGGAAUGCUAAAAAUAGACAAGAGUUACUAAGAAUUUAAGUGCCAAAUCUUGAGUGUUGGGCUGUUGCUUUUAUGAAUGAUGGCAAAAGCAUUGUUAGUGGUUGGAGUGAUGGAAAGAUCAGAGCCUUUUUACCACAAUCAGGUAGAUUGCUCUAUGUAAUUAAUGAUGCACAUAUUCAUGGCUGUACAUCAUUGACUUGCACAUCGGAUUGCUAAAGAAUCAUUUCAGGAGGAUCUGAAGGAGAAGUCAGAGUAUGGGAAAUUGGAAAACAAACUUAAGUUAUGAAAUCUUCCAUGAAAGAACAUAGAGGAAGAGUAUGGUCCAUAUAAGUCAGAAGAAACAAUGAGCAAGCUGUUAGUGCCAGUGCAGAUGGGUCUUGUAUUAUUUGGGACCUUAAAUCAUUCACCAGAGUCAUGUGUUUGUUUGAAAGCACCUUAUUCAAAAUGGUUUUGUACCAUCCAGAAGAGAGUUAGUUAUUGACUACAGGAAGUGAUAGAAAAGUAUCUAAUCAUUUUAUAUAAGAUCACUUAUUGGGAAACCUUCGAUGGAUAAGCUAUUAGGAUGUUAGAUGGAUCGGAAGAAGGAGAAGUUAAUGCUUUGGCAAUUACUAAGGAAGGAGAGCAUUUUGUAUCAGGAGGAGAAGACAAGGAAGUUAAAUUAUGGGGAUAUGAUGAAGGAAUCUGCUAUUUUAAAGGUCAAGGCCAUUCAGGUACUAUUACAAGGGUAACUAUCUAUUUUAAAUUAGAUUACUAUAAGUCCUGAUUAAAGGACUAUUAUUUCAGUUGGUGCAGAAGGAGCCAUCUUUAUUUGGAAGAUGCCUGAAUCUGUUAUUAAUUCGAAAGCCUAAUAAGAAUUACCUACUGUUUAAAGUGUUAAAAAAUAAAAUGAUAUUCAAUAAUAAUCUUAAUAAUAACAAUUAUAAUAAUCAGUGCCUAAAGAUGCUUAAUCAUAAAAAUCAAAUCAAAAUGCUAAAUCAGUCAAAUCAGGAACAAAAUCAUCAAAGAAAUGAUAGAAUUUCAUUUACAUUCAUAAUAAAG